AUGAUACGGAAGCGUGUUGCGUAUAUUGCGAAAAUAAAAGGUUUCAGUCGUGAAGUGAAAAUUAAAAAUGUCAAACGAUUCUUCAAACCGAUUAGGAUAAAAGACUUCAGGGUUCUGAAAAAUGGUAUCGGUUUGGUGUUUUUUAAGAAUCACCAGGACUUGAAUGAAGCACUCAAGAAGAAGGGCGACAUAAGUGGAAGGGCAGUCAAGAUUGAGGAACACAUUCAAGAAGAGAAUGAAACGUCCUAUGUACAAGAACCUGAUCUACCUAAGUGGUUAGUUAAGACAAAUGACGAAAUAGUAUCUGAAAUAUUAGAGACCGGCCGGUUAUUUGUCCGUAAUCUGUCUUAUGCCUGUACUGAACAAGACCUUGAAAAGUUAUUUUCUGUUCAUGGAUCCCUAUCAGACAUUCACUUAGCUUUCGACCAUUGGUCUCAAGUGUCCAAGGGGUUUGCGUUCAUCACUUUCCUGUUCCCAUCUGACGCUGUAAAAGCCUACAAAUCACUAGAUAAAACAAAGUUUAUGGACAGGCUAAUUCACAUCCUCCCUGGUCAAGAAAACACAGAACCUAAGGACUCAUUUAGAAAGCCUCUAAACAAUUUUUAUAGAAAUGAGAAUUUCGCUGAUCCACCAAAGAUGCUUCUAUCAAGCUUUCAAAACGAUCGAUUUCAAGAAUUGAAAAAGGAUUCAAGCGUUGGACAUAAUUGGAAUGCUUUAUUAUUCGUCCAGAUGCUGUUGCUACAUAUUUAG